AUGUACUUUGUGGAUGAGUCGAUGUUUGAGGAUGAUGUAUUUCGCCAGAGAUAUUGUAUGUCGAGGAGGUUGUUUUUGAAAAUCGUGGAAGAUAUCACUGCAGCAUUUCCAUGGUUUCGGUCUUCGGCGAAUGCGGCGGGUAUUAGAGGGUUCUCGGCGAUUCAAAAGUGCACGUGCGCGCUACGGCAACUCGCGUAUGACAACCUCGCCGACAACAAUGAUGAGGGGUUGUCGUUCUCUACUAGAACGGCUCGUGAGUGUCUAGACAACUUUUGCAUUGCCAUAAAGUAUCUUUAUGGUGAAGAGUAUUUGCGUUCUUCGACUAGCCACGAUGUUGCGUGUUUAUAUAAGGCGCAUGAAGCCCGACAUCAUUUUCCUGGCAUGAUCGGUAGCAUCGACUGUGAUCAUGACCGCCCGACUAUCAUACUUGAGGUCGUUGCUUCCUAUGAUUUAUGGUUUUGGCAUGCGUAUUUCGGUGUUGCGGGCUCAAAUAAUGACAUCAAUGUUUUGAAGCAAUCACCAUUGUUUAUUCCCGAGGUGAAUGGGAAGUCUCCUGAGUACGGCUUUACCGUAAAUGGGCACCGUUACGAUAGUGGAUACUAUCUAGGGGAUGGUAUUUACCCACCAUGGUCUUGUUUUCUUAAGGCAUAUGCAUACCCGGUUGCGAGAAAGGAGAAGGUUUUGAAGAAACUUCAAGAGUCCGCGAGAAAAUACGUUGAGCGAGCAUUCGGGCUUCUGAAGAACAAGUGGGCGAUCAUCGAACGACCGGCACGGAUGAGGGACAAAGAAAAUAUCAUUAACGCGAUGUAUGCGUGUGUUAUUUUACAUUACAUGAUACUCAAGGACGACGGCAACGCGAUAUCACCGGUGUACAUCAGGGAUCCUUCUAACGAUAUUCGUGCUACCGACCCUAAUUUUCUCUAUCGCUUACGUAACGAAGAGACGCAUUACAUGUUACGUCGUGAUAUUACGGAGCACGUGGGAGAUCUAGAUAUCGAUGUUUAG